AUGGAGGUUAGGCUCCGGGUGGGGUGCCACGCCCUGAUCCAUCACCACAUCUUCACCAACCUCAUCCUCGUCUUCAUCAUCCUCAGCAGCAUCUCGCUGGCCGCCGAGGACCCCAUCCGGGCCCACUCCUUCCGCAACAUCAUUCUGGGGUACUUCGACUACGCCUUCACCUCCAUCUUCACCGUGGAGAUCCUGCUCAAGAUGACAGCCUACGGCGCCUUCCUCCACAAAGGGUCCUUCUGCAGGAACUGGUUCAACUUGCUGGAUCUGCUGGUCGUGAGCGUCUCCCUCAUCUCCUUCGGGAUCCACUCCAGCGCCAUCUCUGUGGUGAAGAUUUUGCGGGUGCUGCGCGUGCUGCGGCCUCUCCGAGCCAUCAACCGGGCCAAGGGGCUGAAGCACGUGGUCCAGUGCGUCUUCGUGGCCAUUCGCACCAUCGGCAACAUCAUGAUCGUCACCACCCUGCUGCAGUUCAUGUUCGCCUGCAUCGGGGUGCAGCUGUUCAAGGGUCCGUCAUCCCCCCCCCCGCCUGACAUCCGCCCGCCCCCCAGGGGCACGUUCAUCGUGUACAAGGACGGGGACGUGGGGCACCCCAUGGUGCGUGAGCGGGUCUGGCACAACAGCGACUUCAACUUCGACAACGUCCUGUCCGGCAUGAUGGCCCUGUUCACCGUCUCCACCUUCGAGGGCUGGCCCAGCCUGCUGUACAAGGCGAUCGACGCCAAUGGGGAGAACCUCGGCCCCAUCUACAACUACCGGGUGGAGAUCUCCGUCUUCUUCAUUGUCUACAUCAUCAUCAUCGCCUUCUUCAUGAUGAACAUCUUCGUGGGCUUCGUCAUCAUCACCUUCCGCGCCCAGGGCGAGCAGGAGUACCGCAACUGUGAGCUGGACAAGAACCAGGUACUGCCCCACGGCCGGCCCCAUAGCCUGCCCCCCGCCUGCCCCACGGCCUCCUCAGCCCCCCGUCACCUUCCGCGCCCAGGGCGAGCAGGAGUACCGCAACUGCACUACGAGCAGUCGCAGCCCUUCAACUACGUCAUGGACCUGCUCAACAUGGUCUUCACCGGCCUCUUCACCGUGGAGAUGGUGCUGAAAAUCAUCGCCUUCAAACCCCGGCACUAUUUCUGCGAUGCCUGGAACACCUUCGACGCGCUGAUCGUGGUGGGCAGCGUGGUGGACAUCGCCGUCACCGAGGUCAAUAAUGGCGGCCAUGUCGGAGAGAGCUCGGAGGACAGCUCCCGCAUCUCCAUCACCUUCUUCCGCCUCUUCCGCGUCAUGCGCCUCGUGAAGUUGCUCAGCAAAGGCGAAGGGAUCCGCACCCUGCUCUGGACCUUCAUCAAGUCCUUCCAGGCCCUGCCCUACGUUGCCCUGCUGAUCGCCAUGAUCUUCUUCAUCUACGCCGUCAUCGGCAUGCAGACCUUUGGCAAAGUGGCGCUGCAGGACGGGACGCAGAUCAACCGCAACAACAACUUCCAGACGUUCCCCCAGGCCGUGCUGCUGCUCUUCAGGUGCGCCACGGGGGAGGCCUGGCAGGAGAUCAUGCUGGCCAGCCUGCCCGGGAAACGCUGCGACCCCGAGUCGGACGUGGGGCCUGGCGAGGAAUUCACCUGCGGGAGCCACUUCGCCAUCGUCUACUUCAUUAGCUUCUUCAUGCUCUGUGCCUUCCUGAUCAUUAAUCUCUUUGUGGCCGUGAUCAUGGACAAUUUCGACUACCUGACCCGGGACUGGUCCAUCCUGGGCCCCCACCACCUGGACGAGUUCAAACGCAUCUGGUCGGAGUACGACCCCACCGCCAAGGGCCGCAUUAAACACUUGGACGUGGUGACUCUGCUACGCCGGAUCCAGCCGCCCCUCGGCUUCGGGAAGCUCUGCCCCCACCGCGUGGCCUGUAAGAGGCUGGUGGCCAUGAACAUGCCCCUCAACGCAGAUGGCACCGUCACCUUUAACGCCACCCUCUUUGCCCUGGUCCGCACCUCGCUAAAGAUCAAGACCGAAGGGAACUUGGACCAAGCCAACAAAGAGCUCCGGGCCGUCAUCAAGAAGAUCUGGAAGAGAACGAAACCCAAACUCCUGGACGAAGUGAUACCUCCGCCAGAAGGUGAGAAACACCCACCACGACCACCACCACAUACAGCCGGGCUGCAGACCCUGCAGGACCUGGGCCCCGAGAUGCGCCGGGCGCUGUCCUGCGACCUGGAGGAGGGGGAGGAGGCGGCCGGGGAGACCCUGUGUGAGGAGGAGCAGCUGACGUGCCAGACCCCAGAGGGACUGCUCGGCAGCGCCCCCGACCACCACCCCACGGCGCCCAUCUCCGCCCCGUCCGAGGGGGGUGGGGAGCCCCUGGCCAACAGGCUGCUGGACCCCCGGCGCCCCUCUUCCGCCAGUCUGGCCAGGACCCCCAACGGCCCCCCCAGCUACGAGGAGAACGAGGGGGGGCAGGAGGAGCUGCCAGAGCUACCCCACAUCCCCAGCAGGCGCCGCAUGAGCAGGCGGAGCUCCGACGGGAGCUGUAUCCCCCCGACGGUGCAUGAAGAGCCCACCCCAGCCGAGGAGGACAGCGAGGGGACUGCGGGGCAGCAAGGCUACAAUAGCCGGGAGGAGGACUCAGAGAGCCUGGCUUCUCGGGACAGGCAGCCGUGUCUGGGGGACGCCCGCCUCUACCGGCACCGCUGGAACAAUGGCUAUGGGGGGUCCCUGCCGCUGCCACACCGCCGCCUCUCCAACGCCCACCUGGAUGGGGGGCCUGGGGGCCGCCUGGCCAAGCGCCGACGCCUCCUGCCCCCCACGCCCGCAGGCCGGAAGCCGCCCUUCCUCAUGCAGUGUUUGCAGCGGCAGGGCAGCUGUGAGGACAUGCCCAUCCCGGGCACCUACCACCAGAACGCCCCGGCCCGGCGCCACCCCCCCCAGGGCUACGGCAGCGCCGCCUCGUGGCACAGCACCACCCCCCCGGGGGACUCCUCGCAGGCGUGGGCGGCGCCCCCCAGGCGGGGCCGGCUGCUCUACGCCCCACUGCUGCUGGUGGAGGAGGGGGGGCUGACGGUCAGGGGCUGGGGGGAGAAGAGCAGCAGCCGCAGCCUCCCGCCCCCCUCCCGCGCCCGCUGUCUCCACGUGCCCAGCCCCGGCUACCACGACCAGCGGGGCAGCGCUGACAGCCUGGUGGAAGCCGUGCUGAUCUCCGAGGGCCUGGGGCUCUACGCCCGGGACCCCAAGUUCGUGGCCUUCGCCAAGCGGGAGAUCGCCGACGCCUGUCACAUGACCAUCGCCGAGAUGGACAGCGCCGCCUCCGACCUGCUGAGCCGCGGGCGGGGAGCCGGGGGGCGCGGGGGCCCUGGGCAGCGACGGCGAGGGGGCCCCCUGGGCAGCGACGAGGAGCCCUUCCGCUCACGGGCUGAGGACGAGCUGGCUGACGAGAUGGUCUGUGUGGCCUCGUAUUGACCGGAGCGGGGGCGCGAGGACCCCCCCGAGGAGACCCCCAGCCCCCCCAGGACUCAGAGUUACGGCUGGACCCGCCCCCAAGGGCAGGGAGCCGUGGGACACACACACACCCCCGGGGGCUGCAGCCAGGGGGAAUGGGGGGCAGGAGAAGACACAGCAGAGGAGGGGCUUCCCCCCCGAACGCAGCCCCCCCAUUGCCGAGGCGGGCUCCUGCCCUAGCGGUGGCUGUGCCAGCAGCCCCCCCACUUUGCUGAAUCCACGCCCCCACCCAAUGGGGAGCCGCCCCUGGGUCAGGGGGGCGGAGCUAGGACACUCCAAUAAAGUC